GUAAAGAAACCCUUUUCAUUUCUCAUAUUACCUUAGCUAAAGAUUUGCUUCAAUCUAAAAACAAAAUGGCUCCUGAAUUAGAUAUGGCUAAUGUUAAAGCUGUUGUCUCUACUGUUGCCUCUGUUGCUGCUACAGCAAUGCUAGUUCGUAGCAUAGCAAAUGAUUUCAUUCCAAAAGAAUUCCGAAGCUACAUUUUUGACAGCUUCCCCGAUAUCUUUCGUCGUUUCUCUUCUCAAUUCACCGUUCUUAUCCAUGAAUUUCAAGGACCAUCCCCGAACCUGGUGUUCGAGGCAGUAGAAGUUUAUUUAGGAACCAUAGCGAACUCUUCAGCUAAAAGUAUUCGAUUAGGGAAGACUGAGAAUGACAAGAAUCUUGUCAUUACAAUGGACAAAGACGAAGAGAUAAUCGAUGUUUUUGAGAAUAUUAAGGUAACAUGGAGAAUGGAGUGUAGACGUAUCGAGUCAGGUAGCCAGAACGACGAGAUAAAAGAUAUGAUUGCUGCAUUAAGUUCUGAACUUAGAUGUUAUGAGCUGAGUUUUCACAAGAAACACAAGGAAAUGGUAAUGAAAUCGUAUUUGCCUUACAUUAUGGAAAGAUCAAAGGCAACGAAAGAAGAAUCCAGGGCUAUAAAAUUGUAUUCAAAUUUCAGAAACUGGGGUUCUGAUGGUAUGAAUCUUGAACAUCCUAUGACAUUUGACACUCUGGCUAUGGAGGAAGAGAUCAAGAACGUGCUAAUUGAUGACUUGGCCAGUUUUGUUAAGGGGAAAGAGUACUACAACCGGAUUGGGAAAGCUUGGAAACGAGGCUAUUUGUUAUAUGGUCCUCCUGGAACUGGUAAAUCGAGUUUGAUUGCUGCUAUGGCGAAUCAUUUGAACUAUGAUAUCUACGAUUUGGAUCUUACAGAAGUUCGUAGCAAUUCAAAUCUAAGGUCGUUGUUACUUGGCAUGUCUGGUCGUUCCAUACUUGUGAUCGAGGACAUUGACUGCAGUAUCAAGCUAGAAAACAGAGAAAAGGAGGAAGAAAAGGAAAAUAAGCACAAUAGGGUGACACUGUCGGGAAUACUUAAUUUUCUUGACGGGAUUUGGUCGUGUUGUGGAGAGGAACGGAUAAUCGUUGUCACUACCAAUCACAUAGAUAAACUAGAUGCAGCAUUGCUCCGGCCGGGUAGAAUGGAUAUGCACAUUUACAUGUCAUAUUGCAAGUUAUCCUCUUUCAAGCAACUGGUUUUCAAUUACUUGAGGAUUCAGGAACAUAAAUUGUUUGAUAAGAUUGGACAACUCUUAGAAGCAGUGGAGGUUACUCCUGCAGAAGUUGCAGGAGAACUGUUAAAAAGCACGAAUCCAAAUAUAUCUCUUCAAAGUCUUAUUGAAUUUCUUCAAAACAAAAUUGCAGAAAAUAAGAUGAAAGCUGAGAUGGAUUUGACAUUGCAGAAUGAGAAACCAGAGGAAGAACCAAAGGAUACAACAAAUUCUGAAUCUACACUUGACUCUUCUGAGGAUCUCACUCACGUUGUUAAUCUCUAGAUAAAGAUGGAGGCAUGUUUCAUCUCACAGCGCAGAGGCGGAGCUAGCCUAUUAGGUGCGGGUUCGGCCAGUCAUUUUUGUUUAAACACUGUAUUUGUAUUAAAAAAUUUAUUAAAUAUAUAUAAAUAUGUAACUAAGACGAGUUAUGGGUUC